AUGACCUAUUCCGAGAGAAACCGUGGCGAGAACCAGACCAUCUCCGGUAGUUUCAUCCUGGUGGGGUUUUCCUACCUUCACCAGCUGCAAAUCCUUCUGUUUCUGCUACUCCUUGUUAUCUACCUCCUCACCUUGAUGGGGAACCUGGUUGUUAUCCUCCUGACAAUGCUGAACUCCACCCUCCAUACCCCCAUGUAUUUCUUCCUGGCCAACCUGUCCUUCCUGGACAUCAUCUUCACCACCAGUGUGGUCCCUCAGCUGCUGGUUCACCUUCUGGUUGAGGAAAAGACCAUCUCCCUUGAGGGAUGUAUGGCCCAGAUGUACAUCUACACCAUCAUGGGCUUCACGGAAUGCUGCCUCCUCGCAGCCAUGUCCUAUGACCGCUACGUGGCCAUCUGUCAUCCCUUGCACUACACGACCAUCAUGAGUGGAAGGGUAUGUGCACAGCUCGCGGGUGCAUCAUGGAUCAUUUGUAUCUCAGUGGCCGUAGCUCAUACAAAAUGGCUCUUCAGCCUGCCCUUGUGUGGCUCCCACCACAUGCACCACUUCUUCUGCGACAUCGCACCAGUGAUGAAGAUGGUGUGCACCGACACAACAAACAUUAGGAUUGUAGGGUUCAUUUUGACAGGGCUGUUUAUCAUGAGCCCUUUCCUCUUGAUAAUCCUGUCCUAUGUCUACAUUAUCUCCACGAUCCUCAAGCUGCCGUCCGCGGAGGGGAAGCGUAAAGCCUUCUCCACCUGCUCCUCCCACCUCAUGGUGGUGACUUUGUUCUACGGAAUGGCCCUUUUUACCGAGCUGGUGCCCAAGUCUGAAUCCACCAUAGAAAGAGAUCAAAUGAUUUCCCUCAUGAACACCAUUGUGGCCCCUGUGUUGAACCCCAUCAUAUACACACUGAGGAACAAAGAGGUGAAGGGAGCCUGGAGAAAAACUAUAGUGAGGCGCAUCUUUGCUCACAGCUAG